GGGGUUUUUAAGUGGAUGGUUGGCCUCUCGGAGUAUGCAAGUUUCCGCGAGGAUUUUGCGAAAGAUUGAACGAGUUGCAGUUUGGUGAAUCACCGUGUGUUUAUUUCUAUUCUCUGUACGAACCACCUCAAAUAGUUCUUUCCCGGUUUGGUUUAACAAAAAGGCACACCACUCCAGCAUUAUACGCACCUUUGUGGCCCCGGAACGGCAGUAAAACGUGAUAAAAAAGGGUUACGCCGAUUCCCGGGUGAAAACACGCAUGAUGUGCCGGCAAACGGAUGAUUUAUGUUGUGCGUGUGUGUUGGGUGUAGUGUCUGUACCGUAAAUCGUAGUGUGCUGUGGCGUUAAUCGCAAACUGUUCUAAUCGCAGUGCCCAGUGCAGUUUCGCAAAAUGGUGGUUACUUUUUUUUGAGAACGGGAGUGAAUACUUUUGAUUUGCGAUUAUUUUACUCGAGGAAUAUUUUACCGAAGUGUUUCGUACCGCUCAAGUCGAUAUCUGUAGUCCGUGUGGUGUGUGUUAUCUGGUUCUGUUCCGUUUGUUCCGACGAGUGUGUGUGUAGUGCCGUGAAUUUGCAGGAUGCGUCGGCAGACGCUUCUGUUCCGUGUGGUCGGUGUCUAGAGGAAACCGUCGUUCUGUCCGCGAGACGUGCCGGUGUUUUCUUGUUACUACGGCGGCCCUCCCUGUCCGUUAGAAUAAGCAAAAGUAAAACAGCAUCCAGAGGACGGAAACGCAAUGUCUAAAACAAUCGAAACCCAUCUGCAAAGCAACGAGGUCCGCAUACCGAAAAAGACCACCGAGUUCGAUAUGACCGGUGCCGGUGGGGGUGGUCCGGCGGUUCAGUACUUCAAGAGUUCGUUCGCCCGGUCUCUGUCCUUCAGCCAGGGACCGGGCGGCGGUGGUGGACCGUACGGGGCCGCCGAUCAGCACUUUACCCGCUCGCUGGACUUCGAUGUCAACUAUGAUCCCGGGAUGCUACUCGGCAGUGGCAAUGGUGGUGGAACAGUUUCACGCCAAAUGACGCCGGCCUCGGCCUCUCCUGUGUUUGAGGAAGAUCUCGGACAGCCCGACGGACAAGAUGAACUGUCGCUGGGUGGUGGUAUCGCGCACAGUAACGGCGGAAUCGUCAAGACACUGUGGAGCUACGCCAAAGGACAGGACAUCAAAUCAGCCAACAACAGUCCGAUCAAGCACGGUAUCGGAUUGAAAUCGAACGGUUCGCCCGGGCCAAGGAAAUCGAUUGAAGCCAACGAAAUAGAGGUACUGCGGCUGCGUAAGGAAUGCCAAAACUUGAUCGAGGAAAACCGUCGUCUCAUGAACCUGGCGGCGAGUACCAGUGCAGGGGGUAGCGGCGGUGGUGCAAUGUAUGCGAUCAGCAGCGGGAUGCUGCUGCACAGUGGCAGCGGUUCCGGUAGCCUCUCGACGCUCGGUAUGGGCAUACCGAAUGGCGCCGGUAGUGGUGGUAGUGGGGGCAAUGGCAGCUACACCAACGUCGAAUCUGUGAUCCUGCAAACGCAAGUCGAAACGCUCCAGUGGCAGCUGAAGCAGGUUGACUCCAGCCGACACAUGUACCGGGCCGUGAUGGAGGAAGUUGUCCGGUUUUUGGACCGCUGCUACCGUUCGCUGGAUGCCCUGCAGGCGGCCGGUCAGAUUGGACGCUCGAAGAGUGUGCUGCAGGUGUCGGGUGCGACCGGUGUUGCGACCGCCAAUGGUGGCAGUAAACUGGCGGGACAACAACCACACCACGGUACUACCAUCAACCACCAUCAACAUCAACACCAUCAUCAUGAUUCGGAUAGUAGCAGUGCCAGCAGUCCGAGGGCUCGGAGCAGCACCAACCUGAUCGAGGGUCCGAAAGCGUACACCAAAGCGUCGUUGCCGGGAGGAAACGGACGUCUGGAGCAGCAGCAGCAGCAGCAGCAGCACCAGCAGUCAAUGUCGCUGAUCAACACGUCCGGUGUAGCGCCCACCACACUGCACGAGGACGAUUGCAACGUUCCGCCAUCACCUGCCAGCUCGUACAGCACCUUUAGAGACUUUACUUGGCGACGCUCACCGAAACGAACCCAGACUCUGCCAAUUUCCAGCAACGAAGUUGACCCGGAGAAGCUGGCCCAGGAGGCGUUCCGUUUGCUGCGGACGGUACAGAAUCUCCUGAACACGCAGGAACCGACGCUCGCCCAGUCGACGAACGCACUGGACAGCCUGAUCUCGUCAACGGCCGCGUCCAGCUGCGGCAGCAGCACCACCCUUACCGGUGUCGGACUGUCGGCUUCCGGGAACGGUAUUAACGGUGGUGGCAGUGGCAGUGUCCUCGGUAGUAGCAUGCCAACGCUCACCGGCAUAAACGGUGGUGGAGGAGGAGGAGGAGGAGGAGGAGGAGCCGGAGCCGGAGCAGGAGCAACAGCAGGAGCCGGCACAGGAGCCGCGCAUAUGACUAAUGGAGGAGGAAUUGCAGGUGGAACAGCAGGAAGUGGUCUCGCUGCCAGUGGUUUGGUCAAUACGCGCAGCACGGUCGGUUUCAGCCGCAAGCUGAAUAUGCGUGGUAGCCGGCUCUCGGUGCGCAGCAGCACGGCCGAUUCCGUCCACUCAACAUCUUCCUCGACGAAAACGGAAACGGAUGAGGACAGCACGGAUCGUCCUUCACCUCCGUUGAUACUGCCCCAUCCACAUCACCAUCAUCAUCAUCAUCAUCUGCUUAUGCAGCAUCAUCAGACGGCGAAUGGUGGUCACGGUGGUAUGGCUAAUGGUGCUGCUGCUGGUGGUGCUACAGGUCUGGUUGGCGGUAGUAGCAGUAGCACCAGCAGUACCAGCAGCAACAGUAGUAGCUGUAGCAGCAGUACCACGUCGGGCAAUGGCCAUCAUCACCACCACAAUCACCACACCAACCGUUACAGUGCCAACAUCGAGCGGAUCAAGGAGAUGAUGAUUUCGAGCUCGGCCGAGGAUGAGAGUGGGUUCAGCUCGAUGAACUCGUUCCAGGAGAUUGGCCUACCGCUCAUCAACUCGACGAUGCUCUCGUCGAUCGGUUCCGUCGAUAGCAGCAGCCAUCACGGUGGCGUUGGCUCGUCUGCCUCUUCGGCGGACGCCGGCAGCAACAAUGGUAGUGGUGGAUCCGGUGGUGAAGGAGGAACUGGAUCGACUGGCGCAGAUGCUACUAGUGGUACUGGCGGUACGGGAACGGGAGGCAACAGUGGACCGUUCGGGCUGUCGGAUGAUUCAUCGGUGCUUCGGGAAAACACCGUCAUUCCGACGAAUGCUGGCUCCACCAUGAUUAGCAGCAAUAGUGCCAACAGACUAGGGAUUCCAUCGUCACCAGCCAGAACGACGGUAUCGACGGCGGCCAGCACGAGCAGCACCACUUCCCCCGCAACAACCAUCAGCUCUAGCACCAAUGGCACCGCCAAUGGUCCGGUGGUUAAUGGAAGCCCGCUGCGUGUGACUCAGAACUCGAGCUACGAGCAUCAUACCCACUUUGUCAACCAUCGCCGCUGGGAUUCGGCCCCGGUGGUGCCACCAAAGCUGAAGAUCCACACCGGUGAAACCGACACCGUUUCGCGGGUACUCUGGGUGUAGCAGAGAUAGAAGCGGCUCCAACCUGUUGCUGCUAGUGCUGCAGACGAAGCCGCCGUUACUACUACCGUUAGCCGUCGCCGGACCGGCUUCUUUGCAUUUGUUUCCGACUGUGUUUGCGUCCGAUGAAGGAUCACCGGGCACAUCCGUGUUGGCGGUGAUUGUUCAUGCCGUGCCCGUCAGCCGGAUUUUGUACAUUUUUCGUUCGUUUCGCGAUCGAUUGCAGGUUCCAUAGCUUACCAGAGGGCACACGAAUACGCAUGCACGAGACGGUUUGCUGUUGCGUGCCCAAGGAAUUGAUGAGAUUGCAUUUACCUUCUGUUUUUAGCCUCCAAGAACCGCUGACGUUGUCCACUCUUUGGUGGAAAUAUCAUAAUACUAAACAUGACGAUAAGAAGCUGUUGAUCGAUCGGUGGCACUUGGAUGAGCUGCUGGAAAAUACUGUUCUUAUUUUCUUUAUCAAUGUGGAUUGCGAAAUGUAUAUUUUUGCCUUAUUGAAUUGUCUUCACACUAUCAACAGAAACAGCGGCAUUGCGAGGUUUUUCGUGAAUGCUUAGAAGAAUAAAUAUAAUAAACUUAUCCAGGCUAAUAGUACAGGGCCUGGCUGAAGGCUUAGUGCUCCAAAAGUAUGGUUUGGUUGUUACUGCAAACACACAUACAUAAUACACUACCAAAGCCGUGCAAAGGAAUACAAAGAUUCGAGUGAAAAGGCUUCCAGGUGGAGUAGAAGAGCAGAACAGGUCAAAGAGAACUACCAGAGGAAUAGGUCAUUGGACACUGGAGCCCCCGAACUCUAGCCUCCGUAAACUAUGUUUUCCUUAGAGUUUUAUUCUAUGUAUGAGUUUUUAAAUUAUAUUUCGUCGUGUCCUCCAUCUCGAGAUACGUUGGUCGGUUGUAUAUGACUCGAUGGCAGGCAAGUGUCCUAGAAAAUAUGUUGUCUUAUGUCUCCCCCCUCCAUAAGCAAGCAAAGAAGGAAUAGCAAAUUAAACGAUAACUAUUAUGUUUAAAAAAGCGAAAAGAAGAAACCCCAUACGGCACAGUAAACUGAAAUCAAACUUAGACAUUAAAGAAAUGGAAAGAAUUAGAAGGAGAAGGACAACAGUAAUGAUAAUAGCUUGUAGCGUUUGAUAAACUAGCUGCUAAAUAACCGGUACCGAAUACGUCCAGCAUUUAAACCACAAAAACAGCGUAACGCGGUAACCACGGCAUGUGUUGGUUUUAUGUUGUUGUAUGAGGAAACGAUCGUAGCAAUCGGCACUUACCAAGGCAACCAACCAACAGGGAAGCAUUAAAAUAAAUCGGUAAAAUCGAAAUACAGAGAAGCGUGGAUAGAGAGAAAGGAAAAUCCAAAUAAUGCAUGCCUUUCUUUACAAAAAUACGCCUUUCUUAAUGGACAGUAACGAUUUUUCGAUGGUGAUUUUAUAGACUUGGAAAAUCCACAAAAGAACGCAGUUGAUUGUAUUUAUCAAAAGGUAUCGCGAGGGCUCGAAUCGAAUCUACAUUUCGUUCAAACUGCAAACUCAUUUUUACCAACUCUUACAACUCACCGUAAACCAUGAUAGCGUGGUCUACAUCAAUCUGUACUUUCGUGAAUUGAAUUGAACUUUCUUAAUCUCUAGAAGCUCGGUUACUGAAGCGAACUCAUGCUGAUGAAAACAACUCGCAGACACGCACGUGGACUGGCGUUAUCGAUAUUCCAAUUUUAAUUAUUCCCAGUAUAAUUACUAACUUCUCUGCGAGGCGCUCUGGUGUCGCUCCAGAAUGCUAUUUACGGCAGCGGAUAGGCACCAUCGCAAACUAGCCAGCCAGAGAGAAAGCAACUACUAUUAAAACCAAUAUUAAAUACUACCGCUAUGCGCCACCUACUGAAACUACUAAAAACAGAACGUCGAGCAACGAGAUAAAGAACUACUUAAAACAAAAAAAAACCACUGAAACAGAUUCGAAAGAGUUGCAAGUUUCUAUGAUUUUAGCCAGCAUCCGAAUCA